AUGGCUUUUUUUCCACCGCUGGAUUCUGUGGUGGCAGCUACUAAGCUUGUUCCCAGUUCCCAGCUGAAGCACCGGAAGAACAGCUUUCAGCAUGAACUCGUACCUGACAAAGAGGAAAGUCUGAAGAACCUCUAUGCCCGAAAGAGCCAAAGCUACUCAUAUUCUCUGUCUACAGAAAGCAGUCAACACAGCUCCAAGCACAGAGGCUUCUGUUCAGGUGGACUGCAGAGCAAGUAUCUCACCAGUCAGACCAAGACUCUGCCAGCUAAAUCAGUGGCCAGGCAGAAAGAAGGAGUGGACCGUGCAUAUCCCCUGAAACCAGUUUUUCACCACAAGGGUGUGAAUGUUCCAAUGGUCAACACAGCACAGCUCGGAAGUUCCCCAUACAUGGAGGAAGCUCCAAACAGUAGGCCUAGCUCAAUGAGCAAAGGGAAGCCUCCAGCAGGGAGGUCUCAGCUAGCUGCAGUGCUCUCUCCUUGGACAGCAGAGCCUAAACAGUCAGCUUCUCAUCUAUACAGGAGAGAGCUGGCCUACAUCCUCAAGUUGGAGGCAGAUGGACAGAACCUGGAGGAGGAAAUUAGAAAGAAAGAGGCCCUCCUCAGGGAGAAGCUGAGGAGAACAAAGGAGGAGCUGAGGAGGAUUCAAAGAGAGAAAGAGCUUGUCAAGGCAGAGGAGAGAAGAGACAGAGAAGCAGAGAGGACCCAUGAGCAAAAGGCCGCAAGGAACCCUGGAGAGACACCUGCCAGAGUUGCAGUCAGCCAAGGUGAUGGUGGGGGGGACUUUGGUGGGGUGCAGUCUGCAGAGGCCACUCUCCCCAAGCCUGGCACUACCCUCCACCCUCAGGAGCUGGCUAUGGGGAAACUCAAGAAGGAGCUGCUGGUGGCCAGCAACAGCAAAAUUCGAGACCGCGUACCCACAAAGUGCUCAGCCUCUUGUUCAGAGCUGGCCCUAAAACCUAACCCCUCUCCCUCUGCCCUCUUGGACCAAGAUCCUGGUGCCUGCCUGUCCACAGAGGUGCUGUACAUGCAGGCUGCCAGUGCUGUGGAGCAGCAGGGGCUCGGACAGUGCAGCUUCUGCAGACGUAAGUUCCUCCACACCAGGCUUGAGAAGCACACAAGUAUCUGCAGCAAGAGCCAAGGCUCCAAGAGAAAAGUGUUUGACUCCAGCAGGGCCAGAGCUAGGGGCACAGACCUGGAAAAGUAUCAGCAGUGGAAGAGCUCAGAGAGGCCUCAGGUAACUAAGCCACCCAGAGGGAACAACUCGAGACAGAAGCACGAGGUUUUCAUCCAGACCCUGCGCCAGGACUGCCAGGUGCAGCAGAUCCUCUCCAAGGGAGGGAAGGUGUCUGACCCAUCCCCGCUGCCUCCCAUCGAAAACCCAGACUACAUCACCUGCCCCUACUGCAGAUGCCAAUUUGCUCCCCAAGCAGCCCAAAGACACAUUCCCAAAUGCAACCCCCCGGAGAACAGGGCCCCAGCCCCACUGCAGAGGAGGCGCUGCUGA